AUGCAGCCCAUCCCACGGCCGUCCUCGUUGAUCGAGGACAACCCGAAGAAGCCGCUCACGCUCGCCUGCUUCUUCUGCCGCAAACGCAAGAUCGCGUGCCAGAGCCCGCCGGCGAGCUCGCCCGACCGCACCUGCAACCAGUGCGCGAAGCGCAAGCUCAAGUGCGUGUACCCCGCGACGUCGCGGCGCGGCAUCCGUCCGCGCGUGUACGACCUGCAGGACGACCUCCUCCCGCGCCCCUCCGCGCCGCUGUCGCUGUGA